AUGGAUAACCGCGUUUUCCUAUGCGUCCAAUGCCCUCAGUCUGAAGCUUACACUAAAGAUGAUCUAGAAGCUCACAUCGCUUCAAAUCAUCUCAACAUCUUCCCAUACGAAUGCGAGAAAUGCAAGUUUGCCAAGUUUCCAACCGAAUACGCUCUUGUCACACACUGUCGAGUAGAUCAUGGAGCUUCCGAGUUCUUCAUCAAGUAUCGAUACACUGACGAAUUCGCUAUGAAGAAGAAGGAAUUAGCACAAAAGAUGCAGGCAUGUAUCGGUAUGAUUAGUUCUCCACUGAGUGAUGGAAGAAUUCAAGACACCGUUUCGAGUACCAUGGAAGGACGGGUGAAAUUAGAAUCACCGGAGAUGAAUGGAAUGCAGAUUCAGAGCCCUAUGAUCUAUGCAGACAAUUCACAAAUGCAACAGUAUCACAACUUUUUAGAUGAGACUCUAUCGCGACACGAGGAAGAAAGAGCUGGUCUAUCGAAUGGGGACGGUGGUGGACCUGUGAAGCCGAAGCAGCAGAUACGAUGCACGAUGUGCGGAGAUGUGGUCUCAAAGCAACGAUCAAGUAUGGUCUAUCAUGCCAACACGCGCCAUGGAAAGUAUGAGCUCUACGAGUGUGGAAUCUGCCAUCGUAAAUGGCAGACUAUUGCUAAAUCAGAUGUAAUCAAGCACAUUAGAAGUCACCAUGAGCAGGAAGAUGGAAGCAUAGAUGAAACGAUGGUCAUUGACUACCGCAAGAGUUUGGGACAAAAAUUGAGAGAAGUCACCGAAAAAUGCUUUCCGGAACGGAAAAAGAAGAGGAUAGGAUACACUGAUGCCGACUGA